GCCCAUCGCCAUUGGCCAUCACCACUAGAAGUAAAAAGGGGUUUAUAUUCAUUCGAAAUAUCAGUCAACGGAGGAAGCCACAAAGGAGAAAAAGGAAAGCAGAAACCAAGUAUUCUCUUCUCCUCUCUAGUGAUUCGGGCGACGGGUUAUGUGGUGAUUGUUACUUGACUCUGUCUCUGUUUUGACUGGGGAGUUUGUGGAAUUGGAUUCAGAACGCGAUUUCAGAUCUUUGGUAUUGAGUGUUUCCGGCGUCUGGGUGUUUGAAUUCAAAUCUGAGGUCAAAUAACGCUGACUAGGUUUUCCCGAAUAGCAGAUGAUAUGUUCGACUUCGCUUCUUGGUGUUUUGUUGAAUCAAAUGGGUUCAAGACAGUGUUUUUGUCCGAUCUAUUGUAGGAAUGAGUCUGUGUAUUGUUUAGACGAAAAGGGUGGUUUUGGUUCGCUUUGUUCCUUCUCGUUGAUGUUGAUAAAGGGGCUCCUAUGAUUACUGCUCCCUCCGGUUUACACGGGAAAAAUGGAGUGUUUUCUGAGCUGAUGGAUUUGUAGGAGCUAUCAACAGCUUCUUGGAGGCUAAGGAAAAGGGCGUUUUACUUUUUCUUGAGAGUGUCACUUUGUCGGCUUAUAUGAAUUAUGAUCAAACAGAUAUUUAGUAAGCUUCCCCGAAAAUCAUCCAAGAGUGCUGAGAGUAGGGAACAUGGUGGAAGCCAUAUGGCACCUUCUACUGCUUAUGCAUCUGCUGGUUCGAGAAGUAAUGAUUUAGCAUCAGGCAAGUCCAUCAAUCUGGUUUCAUCUUUUCCAGCUACGAACUCUGUUCAAGAUGUAGGGCAAAAUCAUAGUAGCAAGGUUAAUAAAGGUGCGAAUGCAAAACUGAAUGGAGUUCCCACGUCUUCAUAUGAGCCAUUACCUGGGUUUAGGGAAGUUCCAAGCUCAGAAAAGCAGAAUUUGUUUGUUAAGAAACUGAAUCUAUGCUGCUUUUUGUUUGACUUCAGUGACCCUACAAAACAACUUAAAGAGAAGGAGAUCAAGCGACAAACUUUGCUGGAGAUUGUGGAUUAUGUAACUUCUGUUAAUAGUAAAUUUACUGAAAUUGUUAUUCAGGAAGUUAUAAAAAUGGUCUCCCUAAAUUUAUUUAGGACAAUGAGUCCUCAACCGCGUGAGAGCAAAAUGGUGGAGGGUUUUGAUUUGGAAGAGGAGGAACCUUCGAUGGAUCCUGCAUGGCCUCAUUUGCAAAUUGUGUAUGAGUUCUUUCUCCGAUUUGUGGCCUCACCUGAGAUGGACGCAAAAUUGGCUAAAAGGUACAUUGAUCAUUCUUUCAUUCUGAAACUGCUGGAUCUGUUCGACUCUGAAGAUCCUAGAGAAAGAGAAUACUUGAAAACUAUUCUGCACCGUAUCUAUGGGAAAUUUAUGGUACACCGGCCAUUUAUUAGGAAAGCUAUAAAUAACAUAUUUUAUCGAUUUAUAUUCGAGACUGAAAAGCAUAAUGGGAUUGCUGAACUUUUAGAAAUUUUGGGAAGUAUCAUCAACGGGUUUGCUCUUCCUCUGAAAGAAGAGCACAAGUUAUUCCUUGUUCGUGCAUUGAUCCCUUUGCACAAACCAAAAUGCUUAGCAAUGUACCAUCAGCAGUUAUCAUACUGCAUCACGCAAUUUGUAGAGAAAGAUUGCAAGCUUGCUGAUACAGUUAUAAGAGGUUUAUUGAAGUAUUGGCCAGUCACAAAUAGUUCAAAAGAAGUUAUGUUCCUCAGUGAGUUGGAAGAGGUAUUAGAGGCAACUCAACUUCCAGAGUUCCAGCGCUGCAUGGUACCCCUGUUUCGCCAAAUUGCUCGAUGUCUAAAUAGUUCACAUUUUCAGGUAGCAGAAAGGGCGCUAUUCUUGUGGAAUAAUGAUCACAUUGAAAACUUGAUCAAGGAAAACCGCAAGGUCAUACUGCCCAUAAUCUUCCCAGCUUUGGAAAAGAAUGCCAGGAGUCACUGGAAUCAGGCUGUCCAUAGCUUGACUUUGAAUGUCCGGAAGAUAUUUUACGAUCUUGAUCCUGAGCUGCUCAAGGAAUGCUUAGUCAAGUUUCAGGAAGACGAAUUAAAGGAAAAUGAGCUAAAAGCAAGACGAGAAGGCACAUGGAAACGUUUAGAAGAGCUUGCUGCAAAGAAAGCUGCAAGUAAUGAAGCCGUGCUUGUUCCUCAUAAAUUAACCUCUCGGACAACUUCAGUUUAGUGAGAGUAAGAAAUUUUUACUUUCAUUUACCCGACCUUGUUGAUUGGCAUGAAAUACACUGUAGUCGCAUAUAGUUUAGGUCAAAUUUCCAUGGAUCGUGGAUUUGUUACCUGCUACAUGAUAAUAUCUUGUGGGGUUCUUGUCUGUCCAAUAACCAUAGUCCAGUAUGCAUAUUCUUAACUUUUCUGCGUGCUAUUCUUAAAUCCUUCAUGUAGCCUGAGCCUGGUCAUACCUUACAGACUAUUUAGCAUUGUGUUGUGCUACAUAUUUGGCGCCCUGCACAUAAAAAAAUGCCUUUAGAUAUGCAUGUUUGGAAAGCAUUACAUUUUUCUGUGUAUAUGUAUCAAAAUUGUGAAUUAGAUUUCUGAUCUAUCAAUAAUAGUGACUUACAAGAGAGUGUCAA